ACUUAAAAGUUCUGAUGAUAAGAAAAAAAUUCGUAAUUUUGUGUGCUAAUGGAUGUUACCUAGACUUAUUGAGAUGAUUAUUUCCCAGUAGGUACACAUACUGAAUCAUUGUGUUGUACACCUGAAAUUAAUGUAAUGUUACAUGUCAGUUAUAUCUCAAUUUUUAAAAAUCUGAUAAAUAAUCAAAGUCAAGAUGCUAAUCUCCUAUAUUUUCCUCUAAAAGCUUUAUUGUUAUCCUCACAAAUACCUACUAUCCAUUUGAAAAAAAAUUUUUUUUUGGUAUAGUGUGAUAUAUGGGUCAAGAUUCAUAAAUAAGUAAAAAUAAACUAGCUGUAUUUUAUACACAAGGCUGUCUAAAUUGACCCAGCACCAUCUAUUAAAAAGGCCAGCUUUCCCCCUGCACUGCAGUGUCAGCUUUGUCAUAAAUCAGGAGACUGUAUGGAAGGGGUCUGUUUCUGGACACCCUAUUCUUCCAUCUGUCUGACCUUGUGCACCAAUAUCUCUGUGCCUUGAUUACUGUUGCUUUAGAGUAAGUCUUUAUUACUCUGGUAGUGGAAGUCCUCUUAAAGUUCCUCUCUAAAAAUUGUAGGGUUUUAAAAAAAAUCUAACCCAGCCCCCAAGGUAAUUUUCAAAAAUACAUAAAUAGCCGUCAUUUUGUAAGCUCAAAAGGGAACUAAUGUACAAAGGCAUAAUUCGUAAACUGCAUCCAUCAUUAAAUCUACUGCUGACACAAUCCACAUGGCAUUCAGUGCCUGCGUAUAUUGACGUGAGACCUGCAGCAAAGUAAAUACAAAAUAAAUUCACACCAUUUCAGGUAAAAAUGGCCUUGAGUACAUAUAUAGUUUCAAAACAAAGGGAAUUUUUUUAAACUAAAAAACUGUUUUCCAAGAUCCAGUUUGUUACUUUUUGUUGUUAUCUUUUGUUGAUAACAACAAAAAGUAACAAAGGCCCAGGAAAGGCCCGGGAAAGUCUUCUGCUGGGGUCUCACCUGGCCACAGUCCAGGUGUCAGCUGGGGCUUCGACGCCAUCAGAGAUGCAAAUGAGAAAAGAUCCAUUUCCAAGCCCCCUCGGGUUGUUUGUUGGCAGAAUUCAUCACCUUGCAGUUGUAGGACUGAGGUCUGUUUUCUUGCUGGCCAUUAGCUGGACACCACUCGCAGCUUCUGGAGGCUGUCCAAAGUUCCUUGAUACCCGGCCCUCUCAUGACACGGAAAAUUCUCCCAAGUCAGCAAGGGAGUGUCUCUCCAGGCUGCUGAGAUGGACUUUUACACUGGCACCCACACAUAUGCACAUACAUACAUAUGUAUACAAUAUGGAUGUAUGUAUGCAUAUACAUAUAUACACACAUGAUCUUAUAUAUAUAUUUCCAGUUUCUAGAAGCUGCCGCAGUUCUUGCUCACGACCCCACGUUACAUCGACCUCAGCUUCUGCUGUCACAUCUCCUCUCUCCCUCUGACCCUCCAGCCUUCCUCUUCUAAGACUUUUGUGCUUACCUUUGGCCCACCUGGAUGACCCAGGAUAGUCUUCCCAUCUCCAGCUCCUUAGUCACACCUGCAAAGUCUGCUUCUGUCAAGUCGGGUAGCUUCUUUUCCCUGGUUCUGAGGAUUGAGAGGUGAACAUCUUUGGGGGACCACCGUCCUAUCUACCACAGACAGUGAUUCCAGCUUAACACAAAUGUAAUGUGAGUUACACAGGAUACAGAUUCUAAUCAUAGGCCUGCAUAGGUUUCAGUACAUUCCCUGUAUGAGAGAUACCAGAGACCAGUUAGAUACUGGAGAAUACUUAAUACACUUCAGAUUUUACACAGUGAAACCUUAUAGUAUGUACCUCACGCAUGAAGUUCCUUCAUAUAAUAUUGAAAAAGUAUCCCAGGAACGCUGAAGGUGACAUACUCUUGCUUGUUUUGAAGAAGGUUUUCACUAAUUUUCUGUUAAGUCUUUGUAAUUAUCUCCAAAGUAGGUAUUUAGGUCUCUAUCUUUCUGCUGGAUGAAUUUCUUUUUAAAGCACAGGGAAAAGUGACUACACGUAAGGCCACACAACAAACCAAAGAACAGACAGAGAUAGUGAUGAGACCCUCCUGCUGGAGAUUUGAGUUCAUUAUCUUCUUAUCUGCUUGACAGCAAUGGCUUCUAUAGCUCAAUAUGUGACUAUCAUGAAAUCCUGUAAAGAUUAAAGCACAUUUGAGUGUGAUCGCUCCACGGCCUCAGCUGCACAAGAACUGAAAAGCAGCAAGGAAAGUGCGGUAGGGUUGUGGCUUCUAGGAAGCAGGCAGUGUGUACGGUUAAUGGCACUUACCCGCACUCUUGCUCAAUUAUCCUGUGUCAGACAUGCUGUUAUUUCCUUUGUCUAAGCUUUUCCAUAAUGUCAAUCACUAGGGCUUUUACCAAGCCACUUCCAGUGGCUCUUAGGCAACUGGAUUUCUUCUUAACCAAGCAAUAAAAAAAGGCAAUUACCAAAAAGCACCAUGUAUUGCCAAAAGGGUAAGUCAUCUGAUAAAAUGAGAAACUGAAACUUUUAAAUCUACAUCUGUUAAGUGUUAUGUUAAUUUGGAACCUGUAGGCUAUCAUUAAAAAUAUCAAAUAAUUCUCAGUUUGUGAGUGGCUCAAAGACAAAUAGUGAAUGUUCAAAUUUAAAUGCAAUUAAAAAUAUUUAAAUAAUAUCAAAAGCGAGUGACAUUAUAUCUACUAAGAGGGGGGAGGGGGAAGAACAUCUUGAAAGGUUGCACUGAAGAUGUCAAGAGACAGCAACCCCUGAGCAGGAGAAGGAUUUCAAAAGCUAACAGUGGUUACCAGGCAUUGGCGCAACUUCACUACUUCUACGGUCUGAGAUCCAGAGUAUUGGGUAGGAAAAGAAACACAGGCUCUUGCUAAUGUUCUCCUUUUCAUGUCCUUUUGGCUGGCUUGGCAGCUAUCUGCUUUUCUUUUCCAAAUAUACCUCUGGCCCCAUAGCCCUUUCCAAUUCUUCCUUCCGUCCCCCGACCCCCACCCUCUGCUGCUGCAGCUUAAGUUCUCCUUUUUUUUGAACUUGGGUAUGUUUUCGUGAGUCAUCAGUAUCUCUUGUCUUCUGUGCUUCAUCUUGGCAUAAGGGUGUUCAGCAGUUAGCAGAACAAAGCACUGUUGUCCAACGCUGGUGGACAGCCUUUAAAUUUUGGAAACUCUUGUCUCGGUGUGUCUGUUCAUACCCGUUGUUCUGACUGCUUUGACCUCUGCAGGUCCAUCAAGUCGUGAGGAAGCAGACCUUGCUCUACAGCCAAGUUCUCCGCCAGCCCUUCAUCUUCAGAAGUGUCACUAGAAUGUAGUGGCUUCAUCACAAAUCAGGGCGGGCUCUGCUCCAGGCAGUGUCCUCCCAGAAACCUAGGCUGAAAGAACCUCCACCAUCAGGGACAUUGGCCAUUGUGCUAGACAGGGAACAUGGCAAGCUGCCCAUCUAAGCAUUUACACAGGAAGCUCCUAUAAAGAGCUGCCUGCUGGCCGCCCUUCCGCAGAUCCCAAAUGCUCUCCGAGCUGGGUGGAGCAGAGAACAGUCACUGACCUGGUCAUGCUGAGUUCAUACGCUGAUGGCUGUUCCAUGAGGUCAAGACUGGGUCCCCUCCCAUCUCCCACUUUACCAAUGCCUGGUCUCAUGGGGUUAGUUCGGAGCCCAACACUAUGGCAUCAUCAACCUCCUCCCCAGCUCCUCGCUCCAGGUCCAGGAAGCCUCUGGGCAGGAUGGCUGACUGGUUCAGGCAGGCCCUGUCCAAGAAGGCCACGAAGACGCCCGUCUCCCCGGAAUGCUCCCCCAGUGACGUUUCACAGCCGAGCUCACGGGACAGCCCCCCACCCCUGGGCCCCUGCUCAGAGGCGUCUUCCACCCCAACACCGAGACGCGCAGGCGCCGAGAGCAGCCUCGGCGGCGGCGGCAGCAGCAGCAGCGGUGGCCGCUGGAGCAAGGACUACGAUGUGUGCGUGUGCCACAGCGAGGAGGACCUGGCGGCCGCCCAGGAGCUGGUCUCCUACCUGGAGGGCCACGCUGCCCGCCUGCGCUGCUUCCUGCAGCUUCGCGAUGCCACCCCAGGCGGCGCCAUCGUGUCCGAGCUGUGCCAGGCGCUGAGCAGCAGCCACUGCCGCGUGCUGCUCAUCACCCCGGGCUUCCUCCGGGACCCGUGGUGCAGGUACCAGAUGCUGCAGGCGCUGAGCGAGGCCCCCGGCGCGGAGGGCCGCACCAUCCCGCUGAUGUCAGGCCUCAGCAGAGCCGCCUACCCCGCCGAACUGCGCUUCAUGUACUUCGUGGACGGCCGGGGCCCCGAUGGCGGCUUUCGCCAAGUCCAGGAGGCUGUCCUGCGGUAUCUGCAGAGCCUCAGCUGACACUUCGCUCACCAUGGGACCCAGAAAGUUGGAGCAAAGCAGGAAAUGGAGUUAGAGAGCCCAGGGCCUUGCAGGGCCUUGGAUUCCAGCAGAUAUGCUGAGUUGUAAGGAACGAGUUGGCAGCAUGUUGUAUGUGACCCUGGGAUCUGAUUGCCUAUGCCUUCCAUUACUGUGGGCUCCCAGGAAGGCCCCGGGGAAACUGGGGACCCUCCCAGGUAAGGCAGUGAGGAAGCUGGGGACUUCCCCAGGAAGGCCUGGGGAAGCUGGGGACUCCCCCAGGAAGGCCAUGGGGAAGCCAGAAAGCAGAGGUGGGAGGAGCUGCUGAUACCAAGAUGAUCACCCAUGUCUUGCCUCCUGCCUAAUUGGAUAUGCAGCCUGGCACGUAGUGCCCAUGGCUUCUUCCCAUGGAAUCAAGUGCUGGCGAAGGAUGCAUUCCUCCCGACGAAGGGACUCGCCUGCUUAAGAAGCCGGAAGCCCAGACUGCUGGCCUCAGCUGGGUGGUUUUCCCAGCUGCGCGGGGCAGCCCUGAGCAGGCGGCAGGAGGGAGCAUGAGUCUUUCACACUCACAGUGCUGCUCCCGCUGCCUCCCGGGGACGGCCUUCACUUCUGAAAGCUACGUGGAAGACAUACUCAGCACGGUCCUGUAUUUCUUUUUACUGCCUGCCUGUCAUUAAAGGCUCAAACCUAGAAACCAUUCUGAACAGACAGGAGAGGACAGGGAGCAGGCAGGGUGAAGGAGAGGAAAGCUCAGCCCCUUCAGCUGGGUUCAAAAGCCCACCCGCCGAUGCUUUGACAUCUGGGGGCCUCAUCGGGGGUCUGGCCAGCCAGAAUUCAUGCUUUUCCGGUAGCUCCCUCCCCUCUGCACUCAGAAGAAUCAGCGUACUUCUUCUGGCAGAUGACCGUGUACCUUGUAGGAUAGUCAAAGUUUCAUUCAACUGUUCUCAAUAGAAGUUGUUUUGAUUGUUGAGUUGAAAUGAAUUUAUUAGUCCCCCAACAUGUACUUUUGUGUCUCUUCUCUCACUUUCCCCUACCAUUUCUCCUCCUUUGACUGCAAGGAAUUUAUAUAUUUUAAAGUGAGAUAUAAUUGACAUAUUAGUUUCAAGUGUACAUGAUUCGCUAUUUGUAUAUAUUGUGAAAAAAUUUUUAUUUUUAAUUACAAAUUAUCUUAUUACAUAUGGAAGGACUAAAGAAUAGUAUAAUGUAUAGUCAUGUACCCAACACCCAGCUUAGAAGCAAAACCUUACACUCCCCAUUCUCCUCCCUUCUCCCACCGGAAGUCACCACUAUUCUGAAUUUUUAAUGCAUCAUUCUUAGCUGUUCUCUGGGAAUUUAUUACACAUGUACGCAGCCCUGACAACAUACUUACUUUUACAUGGUUUUAUACUUUACAUAAAUGGUGUUAUCUUUAUAUUCUGCAAAAUCCUUUUUAUAAACCAUGUUUGUAAGAUGUGUGUUGACGCGUGCAGCUCCAGGAAGCUCACUUUCAUUCCGUUAUGUAAAUAGACCACUGUUUACAGUUGCACAUUCUUUCACAAAAGGACACUUGGUUGUUUCCAGUUCUUUCGCUAUUAAAAACAAUGAGCCUAUGAACAUUUUUAUUCUUGUAAAUGUUUCCAGGAGCAAGAUUUUCUAGAAUUUAGUCUAGAUAGGGAACAGCUGGGUAGUCAAGAAUACACCUCUUCGGUUUUGUUAAGACGAUACUAAAUUUUCUUCCAAAUUGGUUGUGCCAAUUUUUGUUCCUACCAUUUGCCUAUAAGGGUUGCCACUUUUUCAUGUUCUUGCUAACACGUAGGAUUAUCAGAUUUUUAAAUGUUUGCUAAUCUGGUGGUUGAAAGCUGGUAUCCUAUUGUCAUAAUAUUCUCUUUUCCUUUUGCCUUUUUUAUGAAAAAGAAUUUUUUUUCUACUAAAUGAAAGAGGAAGUUUGAUGAACCUUCAUACACCUAUCAUCGAGUUUCAACCAUUACCAGAGAUAAGCUUGUAUUUAUUACCUACCCAUUCCCUCCCCACUAGAUCAUUUUGAAGUAAAUCCCAGGUAUUAUUUUUUUCCUAAAUAUUUAAGUAUGUAUUAGUAGUUUUUUUAAAAAAAUAUGACCACAAUAUAACAGCAUAUUUUAAAGAACAGAAGUUUUAUUUUUUAUAUAAAAACUUUUACCUAUUACUUUGUAGUCUGUGCUUUUUGUGUCUUCUUUAGGAAGUCUUUCCCUAUUCCUAUAUUUUCUUCUCGAAGUAUUUCACAUUUAGGUCUUUAAUCCAACUGGAUGUUUUAUUUGAGUUUGUUUUUGUUGUUAUUCCUCUUGGUGUCUGAGUCAGAGAGCCAUUUGUUUUUCCCAUAUGAAUACCCAUUAUUUACUGACUAGUCCAUCCUUCCCCCCACUGAUUGUGAUGUCACUGCUGCCAUGUUGUCAUACUCAGGGGUCUACUCCUGGGCGUUCAGGCUCCUCUCUGUCUGUUCGUGCAUCCGUGCGUCAGUGGCUUACUGACGGUGGUGGUUAGUGAGCCUCAAUAAACCUGCCAGUCCUCCCAUGCCUCUUACUCCUCAAAAUCACAGUUCCUUUACUCUUUCAUAUAAAUUCUUUAUUCAAUUUGUCAGUUGCCAGGAAAAUGCCAAUUAGUGUUUUACUGGAUUUACAUUGAGAUUAAUUUGGAAAGAAUAGAUGUUUUAAUGAUACCUGAAUCUUUCUCACCAAAAAAAUGGUAUGUCUCCAUUUAUAUCUUUAAAUGUAUUUCAAUAAAACUUUGUAAAUCUUU